AAACAUUUUAUGCCUGAUUUAUACAUAACAUACUAGGUAUCAUAAACAUAUGGGUACGAUUGGUACCUACUCAACAAUUUAGACGCUGUUAAAUUGGAAUUUCUUAAACAGUAAAAAAUUAAGACGUGCUUAAAUUUAUGUUGUUAUCUAUAGAAACGGUUUCAUAUGACCUUUUUCACAUAUCCGAAUAUUCGUCGAAAAUAAUGUCAAUGGCCGAACCCGGGUGUAGGAAUCACAUGAUAUUUUGCCAGGAUCCUGACGUCACAGUAGUCAAGUUUGGACAUGCCGUCGAAAGUAAGGUGUUUGUGGUGACAACCGCAUCCAGUUGGCAGAUUCGAGAGUUUUUAGGCGGUCGAAUCGCCCAGAAAGUUUUGAACUUAUUGGUAGCCGCCACCGGUCAAGCUCUGCAGGAAUCGAAUACAAAUAAAGUUGCUGAUAUAAAAUUGUAUACACAUGAUGUAUACGUGGACGGCUUGGGAAGUAGUGUCCAAAAGAUACUGACCACGUGGAAAGAAAACAGGUUAACGAGACCGGAAGUUAACCUUUACCCUGCCAAGUUGGUUCACGGGUUUCAAGGACAUCGGUUUGUCGUGUCUGCAAUCGACAAACCACCGUUGGUAUUCCGCAGUUCACAUAUAAAAAAGGACGAAACUUACAAUAAAAAAAGCGCUUCUUGGGAUGGUGUCGAAAUAAGAUUAUUACGGUUGAUUUCUCAAAUAUUGAAUUUCACGUUGGACAUACAUGAUGCUAGUACGACUAAAAAUAGGGACGAAGCCGAAGAUCGUAUAAUAGGGGAUCUAAUCGACUCAAAGGCUGAUCUCGGGGUGGCCGGAUUGUACAUCACUAGCGAUCGUUAUCCAAACGUGGACUUCUCGCCGGUGAUCGCACAAGACUGCGGAGCGUUUCUCUCGUUAGGAUCUUACGCCUUGUCUAAGUAUAGAGCAAUAUUCGGCCCUUUCCAUUGGAGUAUUUGGGUGAUGGUGGUGUUUACUUAUGUAGCGGCAAUAUUUCCAAUAGCGUUCACAAACAACCGCAGCGUGAAGACACUCUGCAAGAGUCCCAAACAGUUGGAAAGUAUGUGCUGUUACAUGUUCGGUACUUAUACAAAUUUAUUCACAUUCAAAGGGAUCAAAUCCUGGACAAACACGAAAACCGGGUCCACUAGACUUUUUAUAGGAACUUACUGGAUAUUUACCAUUAUCAUCACCACGGCGUACACUAGCUCCAUCAUAGCGUUCAUAACUUUACCAGCUCAACCAAUGACAGUGGACACGUCAUAUGAGCUUGUAGACGAAAAUUAUAAAAUUAUUACACUUGAAAAGGGUGGCUGGCAAAACUAUUUUAGCGUUACCAACGACGUUGUAUCACAAAAAUUAUUCAAGAACGUAAAGCUCGUGAACAACACAGAAGACGCUAUGGACUACAUUGUCAAGACUAGGUUCAUAUUGGACUACGCGUUUUUCGGCUCCAAGAUUUCGCUCACUUACCUAUCUCAGAGCAGCUAUGUACAAAAGUACAAUAACCGAAAGAUAUUCUUUCACGUCGGGUCCGAGUGUUAUGUUCCGUUUAACGUGGGCUUGGCGUACAAAAAGAAUUUCGUUUUCCGAAACGUUCUUAGCGAUUUUAUAUUGCGGGCCCAGCAAAGCGGAUUGCUGUAUAAAAUCGUCAGGGACAUAGACUGGGAAAUCAUUCAGGGGUCUGAAUCAAAACAAACUUUAUUGUACAAAGUAAAACCGGAAGACCGUCAGUUGACGUUAGACGACGUACAAGGCAUGUUCGUUCUGUUGGGUGGCGGAAUAUUUUUGGCUGUCGGUAUACUGCUGGCCGAAAACGUGCAACGGUGGUGGAUCAAAAGAAAAAAAGCUCAAAUCGUAUAUCCCGAAAAUGUUUUUAAAAAAAAACGUUCACAAUCCUUAUUUCCUACAAUAGGAAUCAACAUCACGCCCCCGGUAGACCUGUUUAGACCGUUAUCUACGAACAACUGA